AUGAGCAGACGCGACUUCCUGUCUAUGCCUGCGCCCGAGAACUAUGUAGCUGGUCUCGGGCGUGGUGCUACCGGGUUCACGACCAGAAGCGAUCUUGGUCCGGCACGGGAGGGCCCUUCUGAGGAGCAGAUGAAGGAAAUGUUGGCCAAGCGCGCGGCUUCUUUAGGCCAAGCGGCCCCAUCUGCCUAUGGUGUCACGGAGAAAAAGGAGGAAGAGGACGACGAGGCAGAUCGAUUCCAGGACCCCGAUAACGAGGUGGGUUUGUUCUCGAGCGGCAUGAACUACGACAAGGACGACGACGAAGCAGACCGCAUAUACCAGGAAGUGGACGAGAAAAUGGACAAGCGGCGGCGAGUGAGACGGGAAGCUCGCGAGCAACAAGAACGAGACGAAUACGAAAAAAACAACCCCAAGAUUCAACUCCAGUUCGCCGACCUGAAGCGUGCGCUCGGCGCUGUAUCGGAAGAAGAAUGGGCUGCGCUACCCGAGGUUGGAGACAUGACGGGCAAGGCGAAGCGCGCGCGAGAAGCUCGCAUGGCAAAUGCACGAUCGUAUGCGGUACCUGACAGCGUUCUGUCCGCCGCGUCCAAAUCUGGCGAGCUGGAGACUUCCAUAUCCACAGGCGACUCCGACUCGGGCACCAUGACCAACUUUGCCUCCAUCGGUGCUGCACAACUGUCCGCUUUGACGGUGCGACUAGAUUCGGCGGCGUCGAGCAACCCCGGUACGCAGACAACGACAACCUCAGGGACGGCAACUUCGGUCGACCCCAAAGGUUACAUCACGGCGUUGGACAAGAAGGAAAUGCAGGGCGGCGAAGUGCCAGUGGAAGACAUAAACCGCGCGCGUGUCUUAUUGGAGUCGGCAGUCAAGACGAACGUCAACAACGGCCCCGGUUAUGUUGCGCUAGCACGUCUCGAAGAAGUUGCAGGCAAGAUUCACACCGCAAAGAAGGUCAUCCAGAAAGGUUGCGACAUGUGUCCCAAGUCGAUCGUUGUGUGGGAGGAAGCCAUCCGACUGAACCGCGAGAACUUGCACAACGCCAAGAUCAUCGCUGCCAACGGCAUCAAGCUUAACCCAAAGGCUAUUGUGCUGUGGAAAGCAGCCAUCGACCUAGAGCAGACGCCAGCAGCUAGGAAGAAGGUCACUCGACAAGCAUUGGAUCACAACCCUCAGUCUGUGGAGCUCUGGAAGACCUUGAUCAACGACACCGAAGACAUCGAGAAUGUAAAACUGCUGUUUGCAAAGGCUACAGACACGGUCCCGCUCUCAGAAGAGCUGUGGAUCUCCUAUGCGCGUGUGAGCGAUGCAGACGCCGCUCAGCAGGUCUUGAACAAGGCGCGCAAAGCCAUUCCUACCAGUUGGGCGAUUUGGGUACACGCUUGCAGACUGCAAGAAGAGCUUGGAAAGGUCGACAUUUGCGACAAGAUCAUGGAACGCGCGGUCAAGGCCUUGAUUAAGGAGAACGCUAUGAUCAAGCGCGAAGAGUGGCUGGCACAAGCCGAGAUUUGUGAAGAGGAGGGCGACAAAGUGACUGCGGGCUCCAUUGUGAAAGCGACCAUCGGUUGGGGUCUGGACGAGGACGACGAACGACGCGACACUUGGCUGGAAGACGCAAAGAGCAUCUCCAAUAGAGGUCACUACGAAACAGCCCGGGCUAUUCUUGGGCACUGUGUAUCCGUUUUCCCAUACUCGACCACAGUCUGGCAUGCGUCUGCCGACCUUGAGAAGCAUCACGGGACUACCGAGUCGCUUCUUAGUGUCCUUGAGCGUGCUGUCAACGCCUGCCCGAACUCGGAAUCGUUGUGGCUGCUGUAUGCACGAGAAAGGUGGCAGGCCGGAGAUAUUGAGGGUGCUCGUCAGGUGUUAGGACGAUCGUUCGAGCAACUUCCAGGUAACGAGAAUCUCUACACAAGAGCUGUCGACUUUGAAGCGGACGCUGGCAACUACGAACAGGCGCGCAGUUUCUUGAAGGUUGCGCGAGAUUCGGCUGCCACCGAUCGCAUAUUUAUGAAGUCUGCGGUUCUCGAGCGCCAACUCGGCGACUACGAAACUGCUAUCGAUAUCUGCAACCAAGGCCUGCAAAACUGGCCCGGCAGUUGGAAGUUGCACGCCAUCAAGGGGCAGAUUUACGAGCAGCUGUCGAAGCUGAAGGAGGCACAAGAAGCACUCAGCAUUGGCACAAGAGCCGCACCAAAGUCACCUAUGCUCUACAUUCUGCUCUCGAGAAUACAAGAGAAGACCGGUGCUGUCGUCAAAGCUCGCUCGACACUUGACCGCGGUCGCCAGCAGAACCCCAAGAACGCUGACCUCCUCUGCGAAUCGGUCCGCCUGGAACACCGCCAGGGCAACAUCCCCGCUGCCCAAAAAGUCAUGGCUACUGCUCUCCAAGACUGUCCUACUUCCGGACUUCUCUGGGCUGAGAAGAUCAUGCAUCUCGAAUCUAGGACCCAACGGAAACCGCGCGCCCUCGAAGCUAUCAAGAAAGUUGAAAAGGACCCGCAGCUCUUUGUGGUCGUUGCUCGCAUCUUCUGGUCCGAACGGAGGCUUGACAAAGCGGCUACUUGGUUCACAAAGGCGGUGGUCCUGGAUCCAGACUACGGUGACGGAUGGGUCUGGUUUUACAAGUUCCUUGAGCAGCAUGGGACGGAGGAGAAGAAGCAGGAAGUGUUGAGCAAGGCCGCGAUGGCGGAACCAAAGCAUGGGGAGAUUUGGCAAAGUGUAAACAAGGAUCCAAAGAAUGCGCGACUCGGUGUUGAGGAGGUAUUGAAGCUUGCAGCUAGUAAGGCGGAGUAG